AUUUUGUAUUUUUUUGUGAUUUUAUUGGCAAUACAAAAAACAUUUACCAUAACUUACAGCGAGGACAAAAUUAUCAAGUGUAUCCAACUAUUUGAGAUGAUAUCGUCAAAAUUUGAAAAGAAAACUUAUUUCUACAAGGCACAAGCUCUCUAUGAGAAAUUAUUUUUAUUGGGCAUCUGUCUAUCAAAUAUUUCGGUGUUGUUUAUGAUGUCGGCGCCCGUAGUGAUUUUUGGUGAAAGAAAACUAUUUUUCCAGCCAUCGAUGUGGUUUUUCAAUUUGGAAAAAAGUCCUAAUUUUGAGUUGAUGUUGGUCUAUCAAAUGAUAUCUAGUUUAGUUCUUGCGUGUGCUAAUGUGUCUUUUGAUACGAUUUACUGUGGAUUUCUGUGCAGUUCUGCCGGAGCCUUCAAAAGUCUUUCACGAGAAAUCCGUGAAAUUGAUGAAGUUAUUGAUGACCAUCAAAAGUCAGAGGCGAAAUUGAAAAAUGCCAUUGAAAAAGUCAUUGAAAUCUCAAGUUUUGUAGACAAAAUAUCAGAUGUUUUUGCAAUGACAACUUUUACACACAUUGUUUAUCUAUGUGGUUUUAUGUCCUUGGGAUUGUAUGUAAUUGCAAGGAUGGAAUUUCAUAAUGUAGAUUUCUUUGGAAUUGUCUUUUCAACUAUAACCUCAACAUUUCUUUUAUGGAUGUAUUGUCAUUUUGGUCAGAAUUUAGUCGAUCGAAGACUUAAACUUCAUACAGAAUUGUAUUUCAUAAAAUGGUAUCAAGCUACAAAGAGCUUUAAAGUAAUGAUUUUAGUGUCAAUGGCAGUUUUACAAAAUGAACGUUAUGUUUAUGCUGGGAAAUUAAUUCCACUUUCAAUGGAGACAUUUGGUCAUGUUUUAAGGAGAGCUUAUGCGUUUUUUGCUUUUAUAAAUGAAUUGAGACCAAAGAAUUUGUGAAUUGUUUUUUUGACUUUGUUUCAAGUAAAUCAAUAAAUAAAGUAG